AUGGGCCCUCCCAAACGCAGGGUGCUCGCGACAGCAGAGGAAACUCUCUACCCUCCCGAAACGCUAUCCGAGGGACAUCAGAUCGCCCGGGUCAUCAAAGCAACGGGCAACAACCUGUACUCGGUCGAAUUUCCGUCCAAAAAGACAGCUCUCGUAGAGCUACCAGCAAAGUUUAGAUCGACCAUCUGGAUGAAGAGGGGUUCAUUUGUGGUUGUUGAUACCAAUGCGCUCGAGGACCGAGAGAACAAGCUCGCGGGAGAAAUUGUCAAUGUGGUGCGGGACGAGAAAGCCUGGCGCAAAGCUGCUUUCUGGCCAAAGGAAUUUGUCAAGCAAUCAUUUCUUCCCUCGGAUUCGGAGGAUGAAAACUCUAGAGUAGGCAAGAUGCCUCCUUCUGACGACGACGACGACGACGAGCAAUGA